AUGGCUGCAAAAGACGAUAUUAGCGACCCCUCGCUUGGAGGCAAGGCGUACGAGGAAUUUUCCGAUGAUGUCGAGAAGAAACAAGGUGUUGUUGCUGAUGUUGAGCCAAUUGACACGGCUGAGGCAGAGGAUUAUUCGGACAUUGAUGAACAAAAGUUGCUUCGUCGCAUGGACUGGCGGCUUCUCCCCCUUUUCACCAUCUUGUACUUGCUUAGUUUCUUGGACAGAGGAAACAUUGCCAAUGCCAAAAUCGAGGGUCUUGCUGAGGACUUGAACUUGCGGAACCACCAGUACAACAUGUGCUUGACGAUUUUCUUCAUUUUCUACGCUUCCUUGGAGAUUCCGUCCAACAUGCUUUUGCACCGUGUGAAGCCUCGCUGGUUCAUUCCAACCACCAUGGUGUUGUGGUCAAUUGUGAUGACGCUUAUGGGAACCGUUCAGAAAUACGAGGACCUCUUGGCCUGCCGUGCACUUUUGGGUAUUUUCGAAGCCCCCUUGUUCCCAGGCAUCUCCUACAUUUUGUCCAUGUACUACAAGAAGUCGGAGAUUCUCAUGAGACAGGCCAUCUUCUUCAGUGCUGCUUCUGUGGCGGGUGCAUUUUCAGGACUUUUGGCUGCUGCAAUUGCCCAAAUGGACGGAGUUGGAGGCUACGAAGGAUGGAGGUGGAUUUUCAUCCUUGAAGGUUUGCUCACCUUUGUCGUUGGCGUCUACUCCUACUCAGUUUUCCCCAACUACCCCAAGGACUGUGCUUUCCUUCUGGACAAAGAGCGCCGUUUCGUGCAAUGGAGAGUGAAAUUCUCGUCCAACGCCGAAAGCAAGAAAAUGCUUGGUUCGGGCGAGGAGUCCUUGUCCAAGACCGUGGGUGAGGAUGUUCUGGGAAGCAGAGAAUACAUCUGGAAGGCAUUCAAGGACUGGCAGAUCUGGGUGCAGCUUUUCAUCUGCUGGGGCAUUUUGGUGCCUCUUUACGGAAUUGCUCUUUUUGCCCCAUCCGUCAUUUUCGCCUUGGGAUAUACUUCCACCCAAGCACAGCUUAUGCUGGCUCCUCCAUUCAUCUGCGGUGCCAUUAUCUGUGUUGUUCAGGCCUACUUCUCCGAUAGAGUGGGCUACAGAGCACCGUUCAUGAUUUUCAGCUUGCUCUGUAUCGUCAUGGGUUUCAUGGUAUGUUUGGUCUUUUCACCAAUCACCCAGGCAAACUCCAUCUACGGUGCCAUGUUCGUUUUGGCUAUUGGUGCUGCUGGGUUCCCCAUGACGGUUAUCUGGCUUGCCAAUAAUCUAGGGGGAACGUUCAAGAGAGCCAUUGGCAUGGCUAUUCAGAUUGGACUUGGCAAUUUCUCCGGUGCUUUUGCUUCCAACUUCUACAGAGACCAGGAUGCUCCCCACUACACUCUUGGCCAUGCUUUGGAGCUUGGAUUCGGGUGCAUGGGAAUCAUUGCCUCUCUUAUCGCUGUUACUGGAUACUUGCUUAGCAACAGGAAGAAGCGGAAGGACAUUGCUGCUGGAAAGUACGACGACACUUCGUCCGAGGAGCUUGUCAAGAUGGGCGACAAGAGCCCCUACUUCGUGUACAGAUUGUAG